UUUCACUCUCAAGAAAGAAUGUUGGCAAAGCUCUCUACCACAUGAAAACUGCUUUUAAAGCUGUUGGGCCCUGAAAUUCUACACAGCAGUUUGAAAUCAAUCCACAGCUUUCCGCCUUCACCUCCCACUUGGGGCUUAUGCACAGACACGAACAUCUAUUGAGGAAAACCACAAAACAGCUGCAACGGGGGAAAGGAGUAUUGUCUUACAGUCAGCAGGCCACUAGUUCAUUAACAUCCAGUCACCUUCCUUUGUGUGAAAAUGAAGAGUCUGCAGUCUGCACUGCUCCUACUACUGUUUGUGCCUCUGAUAAAGCCAGCACCACCACCUCUGCAGCACUCACGCAACACCUAUGAUUAUGGAACAGAUAAUUUCGAAGAAACUUUAUUUACUCGAGAUUAUGAGGAUCAAUACCUGGAUGGAAAAAAUAUUAAGGAAAAAGAAUCUAUGAUAAUAUCUAAUGAGAAAAGUCUCCAAUUACAAAAAGAUGAAAGUUUAACAUCAGUACCUCCCAAGAAAGAAAAUGAUGAAAUGCCCACAUGCCUGCUGUGCGUGUGUCUGAGCGGCUCUGUGUACUGUGAAGAAGUGGACAUCGAGGUUGUACCCCCCUUGCCGAAGGAGUCAGCCUACCUGUACGCACGAUUCAACAAAAUUAAAAAACUGACUGCCAAAGAUUUUGCAGAAAUACCUAAUUUAAGAAGACUCGAUUUUACGGGAAAUUUGAUUGAAGAUAUAGAAGACAGCACGUUUUCAAAACUUUCUCUAUUAGAAGAACUCACACUAGCUGAAAAUCAACUGGUGAAGCUCCCAGUCCUCCCUCCCAAGCUUACUUUAUUUAAUGCAAAAUACAACAAACUCAAGAGCAGAGGGGUUAAAGCAAACACGUUCAAAAAACUGAGCAACCUGUCCUUCCUCUAUUUGGACCACAAUGCGCUGGAGUCUGUGCCUCCUAAUUUACCAGAAAGUCUACGUGUAAUUCAUCUUCAGUUUAACAACAUAACUUCAAUUACAGACGACACAUUCUGCAAGGCAAAUGACACCCGUUAUAUCCGGAACCACAUUGAAGAGAUACGCUUGGAAGGAAAUCCCAUCAUCCUGGGAAAGCAUCCCAACAGUUUUAUCUGCUUGAAAAGAUUACCUGUAGGAUCAUACUUUUAACCAGUAUCAAUGUAGCAUGUAAAGUAAAGUACACACAUACUUAUAAUCUAUCUCAACAAUGUCUAAAGGAACAUCAAUAUCUGUUUAAU